AUGCCAAGGCAACCCAAGUUCAAACUCCGCGAGGCCCGCACCUACAGAAGCUUCCUUUUGAUUCGCCCCGAUGACCCCGACCUCCCGGCUCUGAAGAUGCUCAAAGAAGUGUUGAAGAUCCUGCAGGCCGGCCAGGGUAACUUCUCCCCCCGUCGGGAGUCCUUUCCCGACACGCAGGUAGGCGAUCUGAUCUUCGAGAUCAUCACCGAGGAUAAUUCUUUCCAGGGACUGACCGAUGCUGCCAUGCAGUGCAUCACACAGCAGAUUGAGAACUGGGAUUAUGACAAGGACAUGAUCAGAUGGGAGCAGUACGUCGAGGGGAUGGUUCUGAUUGACUAUCGGUACCUGCACUAG